CAUAAGAGCCUCGCCUGAUUCCCGGAUAUAAUGUAACGCUGUUUUAGAAACCAUUGUACAUGGCAACGCUAAAGUGCAGGCAAUUAUUGUAAAAUACUCUGCUGUAGUACGUCGUUAACUAUCGUAUGGUCCGUAAAUUCGCUAAAACUAGCUUAGUAAAAUGACAUGUCCGUGUCCGAUAAUGGAUACAGUGGCACGCCGCAUCACGAGGAGCCCGUGGUCAGAGCUGGACACACAGAAGCAGAAGUGAAGGAGACGCCCUUCAAUGGCCAGCUCCACCUCCUGGCUUAAUGUAUUGUGAUAGAGAAGUGAGUGGACCAGAACUACUGUAGCCAAUCCCCAUGGAGGACAAUCAGACCAAACCUGCCACCCCGGACCCGAGUCCAGCACCCAGUCCAGCACCUAGUCCAGCACCGAGCCCCUUGCUGGACAGAAUUGCUUUGCCAGCAGGAAACCAUGUGGAGCACCUAAAUGUGAACCAAAUCCAGGUAGUGGUACGACGCUGCUCCACUCCAAAUGUCACAGAGGAAACCACCUAUUUUAUUCCACGCAACCCUGUGGUGGAUGCCGGCACCAACACAGACCCGCCAGUUGUCUGCUGCCCCUUGCUUCGCAGAUAUUGCCCAUGUCCUCCGAGAGGCCUUCUGGCCUCUCUGGUUACCAAAGUCCUUUUGGCAGGUGUGCUCUUUGGAGUGGUUUGGUCUGUCACAGAGGACGAAUGUCUUCCAGGAGGAAACCUGUUUGGCAUCACAGUGCUCUUCAUCGCCGCACUCAUCGGUGGGAAAGUGGUUGGUCUCAUCCAUUUUCCCAGACUUCCACCGUUACCGCCCCUCCUUGGUAUGCUGCUGAUGGGUUUCAUGCUGAGAAACAUCCCAGUUGUAAAAGAGUGGGUGUUCAUUGACUUCAAAUGGUCUGCCGCUCUGAGGAACAUAGCUUUGGCUGUCAUUCUGUCCAGAGCAGGUCUGGGCUUGGACCCCUCGGCGCUGAGGAAACUAAAAGGUGUGUGUGUGCGUGUGGCAAUCGGUCCCUGCUUAAUAGAGGCCAGCACCAUCGCUCUGGUGUCUCACUUCCUCAUGGGUUUGCCCUGGGUAUGGGGCUUCAUCCUUGGCUUUGUGCUUGGCGCUGUGUCUCCAGCUGUGGUGGUUCCUGCCAUGCUGGUGCUGCAGAAGGACGGUUAUGGCCUGGAGCAGGGCAUCCCCACAUUACUGAUGGCAGCAGGCAGCUUCGACGACAUUCUUGCCAUCACUGGGUUCACCACAUGCUUGGGAAUGGCCUUCGCCACAGGUUCCACUUGGUACAACCUGCUGAGAGGUGUAUUGGAGGUGGGCGGUGGCUUUGUUCUUGGGAUUCUUCUCGGCUUCCUCAUCCAAUACUUUCCUAGUGUUGACCAGAAACACAUAGUGAUGAAGCGAUCCUUCUUGGUGCUUGGUCUGUCUGUCUUUUCCGUGUUCGGCAGCGGUGUGGCUGGGUUUCCUGGCUCUGGAGGCCUCUGCACCCUGGUGUUGGCAUUCCUGGCUGGGCUCGGUUGGGGUAAAGAUAAGGAACGUGUAGAGGAAGUGGUCGGGUGGGCCUGGGACAUAUUUCAGCCACUACUCUUUGGAUUAAUUGGAGCAGAAAUUCGCAUCUCAGAGUUGGAGGGACUCACAGUUGGUCUGGGUAUAGCCUCUCUGCUCAUUGCCCUGCUGGUUCGAGUCCUGUUCACCUUUGUAUGCGUGUUGGGUGGGGGCUUUAACAUGAAAGAAAAGGUGUUCAUAGCCCUAGCAUGGAUGCCCAAAGCCACAGUGCAGGCAGCUAUAGGCUCCACAGCUCUGGACAUGGCAAGGACAAAGAACAACGAGGAGCUGCAGAAGUAUGGGAUGGAUGUGUUGACUGUGGCUGUGCUCGCCAUCCUUCUCACAGCCCCUGUAGGAGCUCUUAUCAUAGGGCUCACUGGACCUUACCUGCUGCAGAAACCCAAAAACUCCUGUGGUGAGCGAGUCAAACCCAAUUUAUCAGCCUUUUUCUUAGGCACUGAGGCCGGUGAAGAUGACAAUGAGACUCCUGUCACCUAUGAGAGUACUCUCUGACCUCAGCUGUCUUUAUCCAGCAAGACUUUCCAUAUGCUUUCACACCUUGGUUAUUUGAACUGUCCUCUAGCCACUGAGUGGCCCACUUUGUCUGUCUAUCUGUCAGCUACUGCUGUUUGCUAUCCUGAAGGAACACAUGAAUCAUCCUGUAUUUAUAGCCUCUGGUGGUUUCCAGGCCUCAAGCUCCAAACAAAUGACCGACAUCUGAGUGUCCGCACCAUCCUGCUCUAUGAACACUGUGAGAGUUUUGUUUCUGGUCACAAAUGAAAGUGCAAGGCAUAAAUAUGGUUUACAUUUUUGUAAAGGUGGAAACUCUUCCUAUCAACAGAAUUUGCCCAUUUCUUUUUAUAGCUACCAAUCGGUAAAAAUUAACUAUUUGGAUUUGAAAAGCUGGUAAUACUGUAUUUUGUGUUAUAAGCAGUUACUUUUGGAGAGUUAACAUAACUGAAUGUACCAACAGUAGCAAUAUUUAAUCAUGUUAAACUAGACUGCCCGGUUUACAUACAUUUUAAGUCUUUAGGCGUGAAACAGUCAGUACGAUAUUUGCACAGCUGUGUAUUUGUGAGAUGUUUAUGAAAAAAUGUAUUAGCAAUGUGUUUUGCUGGUGAGAAUGGUUGGUGUAUACAAAGGCUGCAGAGAAUGUAUAAUUCUUGACAUUGGUUUAUACUCAGUCAUAUGCAAACUCUAAAACUCCUAUUACAAGAGCUAUUCACCACUGUGUGUCAGUUUUGAUUGAUCAGCAAUGGUCAUACCCCUAUUCAAACUUCAUGUAAACCCAACCUUUUUAGUUUAUGGAACAAAGUUGAUUUUUCAUCAUGUUCGUCAAUUAUUUUUUAUUUUUAUCACAAGUAUGCAAUGUAAAGAUGUUAUUGAUUUGUUUUAAAUGUAUUUUAAUUGCCUAAUUUAAAAUGUUCUGUGUAUGGAUAGCAACUAUUUAUAAUAAAAUACAAAACUGAGCAAUAGUUUGUCAAAUAUUUUCUUUUGGUGUUAGAUGGUAAUAUUGUUUAUGUAAGAUAUUGUUCUGUAAUGUCCUUAAUUCAAGUCACAAUCACUUAACAUUUUGGUUUCUAAACAAAACUUUUCAAGCUGUGCUGGUGGUAUGACUCUAGGGAUGGACAUGUCCGUCAGUCCACCACUUUGGUUCAGGCUGAAAUAUCUCAACAGCUAUAAUUGUGUAGAUUGUCAUGAAAUCCUGUACAGAUAUUCAUGGUGCUGAGAGACUGAGUCCUAAAGACAUUUUUGAUUCCCUGACCUUCCUCUAGUGUCACCAGCAGG